CUUGACUAAAUCAAUACUUAAGUAAACAAUAUGGCGACCUCGGGAAAUCACGACGAGAACGAAACAGAAACUACUAUUGAUGUGAGCGGUUUUAUGCGCGCUUUCAUGGGAGACGACGACGAUGAAAACACCGACGAAUCUGCCGACAGAUCCGGCGACAUUUCAAUGUUUUGCAAGGCGUGUUUACACCCAUAUUGCGGGGAACAGAAGUCAGGUACGAUAGUUCUACGGUGCGAGCGAUGUGGACAGACGGACACAGUCUUGGAGGAGAGUGUAGGCGGCUUAAAGCCUCAAGAAUGGAUUGGAAAUCUUAUGAUGAAUCGGUUUAUAACGGUGGUAAAAGAACAAGAAGACCUUAGUGCAAAUCUUUCUGAUCCCUACUUCGCAGAGGAUGACUAUCAGCGAAUGUCUUUAUUCCUAACCGAGUACACCUUCAACGUUGAAAAAAUUGCUGUGCAUUUGUUUGACAUUGCAAAAAAGGCUAAACUAGCAUCUGAAGAAGACAAGGAGAGGAUAGAGGAUUGUCAAAAAGAAGAUGCAUCCAUUGCUGGUCUGGCUGAGGUUCAAGCGAUGAAUGCAACCAAAACUUUAUUAGAGAUUCAUAAAACUCUGAUUAUGAAUGACAAGAAGCAACAUAUUGAUAGCAAAGCAAAUAAAGAAAAAAAGGAAGAAAAUGAAACAGGAACUUCGCCAGAGAGUACAUGCCUAUCAGAUGGACAACUUGAUAAAGGAAGUGAGAAACAUGAAGAUAACAAUGCAGAAGAGUCAAAAGAUAUUUCAAAUAACUUGCAUAAUGAUGAACUACAAAACACAACAGAAAACCAGGGAGACCAACUUGUUAGUGAUGAAAAUGUCACUGCAAUUGAAGAGAAGAGGGAAAUAAUACGAGGUAAAUUGAAUCAGAUUGGCCAAUCCAUAUAUUCUCUCAUUGAAAACCUCAUGGCAAAGUACAACAUUCCUGAUGAUGUAAUGGCUACUGUACACCAAAGAUUACGCAAUGCACAAACUGUAAAGACAGCUGAACGUAAUGAACAUGUAGAGGAAAAAGAUUCUAAAACCGCUAGUAACAUUGAUACAGAUGAUAAUAAGGAUAAGUCAAGCACCGACAAGGAAGCAGACGACAGUGCAAUGGUUCAUCAGGGAAAUACUGACAAGGAAGAGAAUUGUGACACUGAAACUGAAACUGAAGAGCCUCGUACCAUAUUUAAUGUAUCAACAGAAACAAUACGGAACGAGGUUUAUAAUGCUCUUGGACAUAAGCUAAAACUCAUCUUUGAUAACAAGCAGUGUGCCACAAGAAGACUUGAUUGGAACCAAACUGACGAUGAUUCUGACUUUGAAUUUCCAACAAAAGAAGAAACCACAAAAGAUAUUGAUACACCUAUUUCACAAACAUCACAAGACAUAGUAAACGACGAUAAGUCAAAUCCUGAUACCACAUCUGAAAACACAAUUGCAGAUAAAGCCUCAGAAUGUAUAAAAAAUGAUAAAGAAACAAGUAAAGCUGAAAGAGAUCCUGAUGGUUUUGAGGUGAAUUUCUAUUCACUCGCGUCUGAGUUCAUCCGAGAAUUGCAACGCCGUAAAUGCAUAUCGUUAAAUGAAAGGAAAAACAAAGCUUUGGCAAAUAUUCAUGAUAAGAUUGAACGGUUGAAGAAGGAAAUGAUACGCGUUGAAGAAGUAGUUACUGAAGAGUUAGCACUGGCCUAUAAGAGGAAGAUGAAAAAAGUUGAUAAGCAGAAAAAGCAGAUGGAUGAGAAGCACAGUCAGAUUAAAGAGGCUGAACGAUUGUUGGAAUAUUACGCAAUGACCGGACAAGAAGAUAAAAUUGCCGAGCUCGCAGCCCAGUUUAACAUUCAGUUUGAAAAUUAGAAAUCUGAAUUUGUUGAUUAUUUCUUUCCUUGCUUUCGUUAUAUUUCUGUGAUCAUAAGUCAAAUGACUAUCAGUGCCUUAAUCGGAUCAUUUAACUGAUAAAGACGGACGAAAAUAAAAUGAUAUUGCGAAGAUCACUGCAUUUAGUUACUGUAAUUAAA